AAUUUGUCCCAUUUUUUUGGUUGUGGUGAUACUCUGUGACCCCAUAAAAUUUAAUAUUAUUUCUACACCAUAGGUUGACCGAUAUUAUAAUUAUGUACCCGAAAACAUAACAGCAACAAGAACAAAAUUCAGAUUCAGAUUUAGUUAGCCAUGACAAGAGCUUACAAAAUGGAAGUGACUGAAGUAAGGUUAUGCGUUAUGUUUAAUUUAAAAUGACGUUAAUGGUAAUUAAACAAAAGUUUUUUGUUUCUAAAAUGUGUUGAAAAUGAACUUAAGGCAUAGAAUUAUCUAAAAUAGAGAUUAGAAGUACCUGCUCACCUUUUUAAAGCAUAAGAGCUCCAACUGCAAGCAAGACUGAUUGAAAAUGGCUGAAAAAGAAAGCGAGAAAUUGAGGAUCGGUGCUGCAAUAUCGUUUGCAGUCAUCAUCCUGGUGAUUGGCAUUCCGCUCUGGUGGAAAACAACAGAAGUGUAUCGUGUUCCGCUGCCCACUCACAGAAUUGCUCACUUGAAACAGUUCGACUAUAAAAUAGCAAUGACUAUAUCAGUGAACUCUAUCCAAUUAGAUCGCGCUCAUACUAUUAUUAUUCAACUAAACAAUACUCUCAAAGAUUCAAGAAUGUUCAAUUUCAAUUUUAAAAUUGUUGAAUUGCCAAUGAGCAGAACCAAUGUACUGGACAUUGAAAAACAAACAUCUAUUCAUCCCACAGUGCCAGGUGAAAUUUUGUUGAUAGAAAUGCCAGGAAGUAUUUAGACAAUGGUGUUGUUGUUGGUAAUCGUCGUAGUAUCUACUUUACCAGAAAUGAUCUUUCAAAAGUUGUUAAAGUGCUGAACACUUGGAUUCUUCAAUCUGAAGACUUGCUGAACACUGUUCUAUCGGCUCUAACACAUCGAUCAAUCAAUCAGAUUCAGAAGCGUGUUGUCAAACAAGAAAGCAGAGUACGAGCUUCUCCAGAGUACGAUCUGAUCUUUUCUACAAUAAGCCCUCAGCCAGAAAAAGUUAAAUUGGACUACGAUCAAGCAGCGGCUGUUACAAAUUUCUUCGCACCUCUUAUAUCACAACUGUCACCAAUAGCUAAUCACAGACUGAAAUCUCAGUGGCUGUACUUUGUCGAACUGGGCCAACAACCCAAGUUGGAUGAGCCGAAUAAAUAUGUACUAACCCACGAUCAACUACCGCACAUCAUAUCACCUCUGGAAAAGAAGUUGGGGUCUGGCGUAUCCACACAUCCUUGCCUCCAUUUUGUAACUUACACAUCACUGUGUGAGGAGACGCCUCUGUAUCUGAAAGCAAAGAAUGGAUCUUUGGUGAAUGCUGUGUUUUCUCCUCGUUGGGGUGGAAUACAAUUGCUAAAUCCCAGUCAAGAACACUGCGAUGGCUCGAAACCUCUCACGCCACACGUUCCCAAGUUGAUGGCUACAUUUUUGAUCCAAUUGAGAGUGCUGCUUGGAAUCACAGAUCAGUAUGCCUCAAUACCAGGCGCCACCAUUCUUCCAUUGCCUUCAGUAAAACUUCGCGAUUGGGAGUUGGAUGUGCUCUUCAGAUUCAGGACUGUGGAACAGAUGAGCUUGGCCCAAAUGACUCUUCAGUCAUUAUCGCAACUUCUAGAAGAGAUAAGCAACAUAGUGAUAAAUGAAGAGGUUGGUGCUUCAGUUUCUGACGCCGUUUAUCAUGUUGAGCUAGGUCAGAGCGCUCUGCACGAGGGAGAUCUGGAGGCUGCUCUCAGUCAUUCGAAGCAGGCUUACCAAUCCGCUGAGAACGCUUUCACUCAUCCCUCGCUUUUGGCUCUCUUGUACUUCCCCGAUGAUCAGAAGUAUGCUGUUUACAUUCCGCUCUUCAUUCCCAUUAUGAUUCCAGUACUGCUAUCAAUGAAAAGCAUCAAAUUAUGGAAAAGGGUUUUGCGUGGAAAGUCACAAAAGACGGACUAAAUAUUUUUAAUUUGACAUUCCGUCACUUUUCUAUGAACUCACAAGUAUAACCUACAUGAGCUGUUAUUCAAAUUGCCAAAGUUCUGCUAGUUUUUUAUCGUCAGUGAUCUAAUUUUGUGAAUCAUUCAAGUCAUUGUAAUACAAUUCUAAGUAGCGAACCUAAGAAAAUACUCUUCCAAGAAGAUACUACAAUACUUUCUUAUUCAAGAAACUCCGAGCAGUAAGCUUUAUAUCUCUCUGAUAUUCUGUCAAUUUUAUUUUAUACUCACUUCAUCAUAUAUUGUACUUAUAUUAUGUAUCAUCAUUAUGUAUCAUUACAUUAAGUAUCAUCAAUUUGUAAAUUAAUAUGCGAUAUCGUUUGAAAUAUUAUAAAAUUUAAUUUCUUCUCAUCUGAUUCAUAAGCUAUCAUUAGCUGCUAUUCCUUUGUUCAUUCAUAGUGGAAGCGUAACAAUCUUGAGAAUUGUGAACAAGCCAGGAAUUGUUGGCAAGGUAAUUUAAAAAUAAUUCCAACUUGAAGUUCAAUAAUUUUGUGUGUAUUGAUGUUGAUGAUUGUAAUUAUAUUCGUACUUUUAAUAAAUAGUGUGUGAAAUACUCUACACCCGACAGUAUUUUUAUUUGCAGUAAUCCAUAAUAACAAUUAAAUAAUAAUUAUUAUCAAAAUCAUUCAUUUACAUAAUUUUCAUUCUUAUUAUUCUCUAGCAAUUAUACAAUUGAAUAAUGAUUUGAUCUUUGAUAUAUUAAAAUAAACAAAAGUA